AUGGUGGCAAUUGGCUUUGAAAACAGUUGGUUUAAAGACUUGGACCAGGGAGUUCAAGAAUUACAACUUGAUGAUGAUCAGAAUGAUAAGUUUCCCCUGGGCGGUAAAGUUAAUUAUAAGGAUUUAUACAAAUGUGAUGAUGUUGAAGAUGAAUUAGAAGAAAUGAAUAAGAUGGUAAAGCUGGAGAUUUCUAAACAAGAGUAUUCACCUAAAGUGGAUGAUUCAAUGGAAUUUAUUAAUUCUUCACUGUCUCCAUUGUUAACUAAUUCAAAUUAUAACCUUGUGGAAUCUAAUUGGCAUUUUGCAAAUCAAACUUAUCAUCAAGUAUACAAGCAGCAUCAACAACAACAACAACAGCAACAACAGAAACAACAACAAGAUCUGAUAAAGAAGGAGAGGAAACUUAUAAAUCAACAACGAUUUAUUCAACUGCAUAAACAACGUUCCAAGUUCCCCAAACAAAAUAUAAAGCAACUGAAUACAUAUCAACAACCAGUACCACUGCCCCAGAACAAGGACAACAACUCAGAUGAAAAUCAACCACUGGUAUUAUCAUCUUCAAUUAUUUCGAUCCCUGUUGGUUCAAGAUUUUUCGUUAUUAAAUCAUUUAAUCAACAAGAUAUAAAUUCUUCAUUUAUUCAUAAAAUUUGGUCAUCAACAGAUAUUGGAAAUAAUAGAUUAGCAAAAGCUUUUAAUAAUAAAUAUUCAAAUGAACGAAUCUUCUUAUUAUUUUCUGUUAAUGGAUCAGGAAAAUUUUGUGGAGUUGCAGAAAUGAAAUCAAGUUUAAGAUUAAAUCCUGAUGGUCAUGAAAAUGAAAAUGUUUGGCUUGAUGGAACUAGAUGGAAGGGGAACUUUAAAAUUCAAUGGUUAAUUAUUAAAGAUAUUUCAAAUUUAUAUUUGAAACAUCUAAAAUUCCAAUCAACAAAUAAUUUUACAAAUACUUUUGAGCUGAAACCUGUUACAAAUUCAAGAGAUACUCAAGAAUUAUCAUUUGAAGUUGGAAGACAAAUGAUUAAUAUUUUUAAAGAAACCCACUCUUCAACAAGUUUCUUACAAGGUAUGGUAUCAUCAAAAUGA